CCAUAGUUCCCUGCGACGUCGAGGUUACAUGCUGCUCUCCACGCAGUCCGUAGUGCAGCAGCAGCGACAAAUGUGCUCCUUGAACGACUCUCCGACAGGAACACUCGCAUGGCUCUCAGGACUGCGGUGGAGCUCUGCUUUAAAUUGACAAUAACACGUAACGUCCAGUUCUGUUGUUGAACGUCGUAGCUGCAGGAAGAGGGACGGGGACGAGGCGAUGAUGAUAAUGCAGCGAAUCUUUACUAAUGGGACACUGCGGCGGGUGGCGGCGAUGCGCCCCCUGUGGGUGGGCGUCAGUAUCCCUGAGCCCCCGGUCGCAGUGUGUUGCUGCACCCUCCACCUAUCACUGCCACCACCACCACCACCACCACUACUACUACCCCACACAGGCCAGCGCUGGCUCUCCACCUCAGCCUCCAGCUCGGUGGCUCAUCAACCAAAACACCAGCCACCGCAGGAGGAGCCCCAGUCCGGCUCCACGCCUCAAACACAGGACGUCCAGAGAGAGGAGGCCGUGCCCGACGCUGUGGAGGUGGACCCCCUCCAGGACAAGUCCAUCAGCCUUUUCCAGAGGUUUAAGAAGACCUUCAAGCAGUACGGGAAGGUGAUGAUCCCCGUGCACCUGGUGACUUCCUCCGUCUGGUUUGGGACCUUCUAUUACGCUGCUAUGAAAGGUGUGAAUGUAGUGCCAUUCCUGGAGAUGAUUGGUCUGCCAGAGUCACUAGUUGGCCUUUUGAGAGACUCGUCGAGUGGCUACGCGCUGACUGCAUACGCCAUGUACAAGAUCGCUACCCCGGCUCGAUACACGGUGACUCUGGGGGGCACCUCACUGUCUGUCCAGUAUCUCCGCAAGCACGGCUACUUAUCCACCCCGCCGCCGGUUAAAGAAUACAUUCAGGACAAAAUGGAGGAGACCAAGGAGAAACUGACAGAAAAGAUGGAGGAGACGAAGGAGAGGUUUUCAGAGAAGAUGGAGGAAACAAAAGGACGCUUCUCCGAGAAAAUGGAGGAGACGAAGGACAAACUUUCCGAGAAACUGCAGGAAACCAAAGACAGAGUCUCCGAAGGAAAAUCAUUUUUUAAAAAGAAGAACGAUUAGUGACGCACGUUCACAGGUGGUGUUGUUAUCACAGUCUCUCUGGUUUCUAAGGCUGCUCGGAUAGAAGAGAGGGACCUUGCACUACCCCUGCACUGAAAUCUUGCCUCUCACAUCCCGGUCAUUACCUGUUGUCUGUUCAAGUGUCAUAUUCAGUCCCUAAAUGUACGAAACCCUUCCACGAUGCACCGUGAGUGUAGACUAGACAGCAGCUUAGCGGACUGCUGGCUGUGCUGCACUCUGGCUCUGUCAUCUCAGAUUGGAUUUACACAGCUCAGGCACUCUGGGCUUUACAGGUCAGCUGUCUGCACAGAGGCAAUGCUCUUGUUUCUUCUGUCACAUGCAUAAGGAGAAAAGACACCUUUGCUUCAAAGAGAUUUUAAAAAAAAAAAACGCUUGUGUAAAAAACUGCAUCUGGGAGAGAGUAGUGCUAAUCAUUCUGGUAAGGUAGGAAAAUAAAACUUGAAGUUCACGGCUACCUUUGUGUACCAGUCCAUCACAGCCUUUGUGAAGGCUCGGGGUCAUCACCUUGUGUCUUUUCUAAUGUAAUGAGAACUAUUUGUUUUUUUUUUCUAAUGUGUUUUUAUCUGAUAGCCAAAGCUAAUAUAUUGCAUUAAUUCGGUGUCUGUACCACUUAAUGUGUCGACUGAACGUUGUAUUGAAAUGACCAAGUCAGGUGAUUGUUUGAAAAGCUGCUGUUGGGGCAGGAGUGGGCGAGUGGGUGGGUGAGUGGGUGAGUGGGUGGUCUCCGAUGUGAACACGCAGCGCACCACGCACACGACGGUGUGGCUGAUGAAAUGUCUUGGUUGCUUUGAUAAACAGACAAAUGUCCUUGUCAGAAUUUCACACAGAUGUCUGGUUAAUACCACAGCUGAAUAAAAGUCGAAUGCUAAUCCUCA